AUGGUGAAGAGAAACACAAGUCAUGUACCUCCAGAGCAGCCGCCGGUCGACCAUCACGCAGGACGGCGUCACAAGACGACAAACCCUAACACCAAAAACACCGCAGCACACAAGGAGAACAGAGAACUGAAAGUACAAUUGAAUGCGCACGUGGCAGCAACACAGAAAGUAAUACUCAACCUAGCACUGGAGUUAGAGAAACUAAACCCGAAACUUCAAGAUGCAGAGAAAUAA